UUUAUUUGUCAUAACGAAUAUAAUCACACCAAGUCGAUACAAAAAUUAUAAAUUUGCAGGUGCGCUUUAAACCAGUACCGCUAAAUCGCCGUCAAACCAAAACAAAAGCCAUUAUUUUUAAUAAAAACGUGCUAUCAUAGCUAACGUGGGUUAAUUGUUAACCUCUUGUUUGGUGUCUAUUUACCAUCUAAUACCAUACAUCACCUUCAAUCAUGGUCCCUGAACCAACCAGGCCCCGUGGGCCCAUCGCCGCCAUGUACUCCAGUCCGGGACCCUGCUACCAGCUGAGAUCUGUAGUAGGAGCGGAGGACCAUUGCAACUCAAAGAGGAAGCUGCCCUCUUACUCUAUUGCAGGGAGGGGCAAGCAGUUCACAGAUGACUGCUCCCCUGGACCCAAGUACAACCCAGAUGGCAUGACCAACAAGGGCAAAGCAGGGGCGCCUCAGCCGAGCAUCUCGGGACGACACGCGGACAUGCAGCAGUGGAUGACACCCUCGCCUGACAAGUACGGAGUGGACGGGGCAACCAAGCAGGUGUACAGAAACGCACCUCAGUACAGUAUUGGUGGACGCACCAAACAGUCAAAAUCUGACAACACACCUUCGCCCAAUGCGUACUCUUUGCCGACUACGGUUGGAGCUAACUGUGUAGACAAAAGCUCAGCUCCCUCGUACGGAGUGAGGAGCCGACCGAACCAGGGAGGAUUCAGCGAGGACUUGCAGAAGACACCAGGACCAGGUGCAUAUAAGACCCCGGCUCCCAACGUGAUGAAAAAAAGGGCACCUGCUUAUCACUUGAUUGGAAAGUAUCCAGUCACGUUUAAAGCUGGUGAAAUGACCCCCGGACCGGCUAAUUAUAAUAAUGAGGUGACUGCAACAAGGAAAGCGGCUCCAGCUUUUUCGUUCGGAAUCCGACAUUCGGAAUACACUGCUCCUCUGAUAGCAGAGCCGACUGACAUGGACUAAAGCAGAGAUUUGAUUGGUCAAUGAAGUCGUCGACAGAGUUCGUCGUCGUUUCUCGAGUACGAACAGUAUUAUUAAAAAUCAACUGAAUGGUGGUUAAAUGUAAUUUCAAAUCAAAUUCAAUACAGGUCCAAAUUAAAAAUUAUUUGAAUA